AGAUGAACAUUUCAGCCUAUUUUUUGUCAAUAAAGAAAAGUUCUCGCCAAUCUCGCGUUGAUUUUGAAUUUUCGUUGAACUUUUAAUGAUAAAUAAAAUGGCUAGUAAUUUAGGACAGUUUAAGUUGAAUUAUAGCGAUUGUUUUAAUAUCGGUAGUGUUGUUUCGUGUCGCACGUGUUUUCAGAAAGAAAUAGAAGGCGAGGUAUUGGCUUUUGAUUCUCAUACGAAAAUUCUGAUACUAAAAUGCCCAGCCACCAACGGACGAUCAAACUUAUGCGAUGUUAAUUUCAUUAAUUUAAAUACAGUGAGCGAUGUGCAAGUAGUUAAAGAAGCCAAUUCUGUUCCUCCACCUCCCCAUUCUCUUAGUGUUCAAAGGUUGAACCAUAGAUUGAGAAAUAACGUCGAUGAAAAGAAACGUCUAAUUAGCGCUCUCCAGUCCGGAGUGUCACCAGAAGGACAAAAUCUCUACCUAACUAUAACGAAAACUAUCAGAGAAGUCAAAUGGGACGGUCCCGAUAUAAUAGUAUUCGAUGAGAUUAAAAUCGUCCCACCUUACAAACUUGAGAAUAUUAUAGGAAACGCAGACAGUAAAGCUUAUAAUCACAUACGUAAAAUGGUUGAAAAAUUUAUGAAAGAUGCUCAGUCAGCGAAAAAAGAAUUACAAAAGACAAAUAAUAAUAUAUGCGUUAGUUCAUCAAAUAACUCUAGCAAUCAUAGUAAUAGUUGUGCUGCACCUUUACCUCAGUAAUAAACUUAGUGAAAGCAAUAAAUCAAGUCGACCUUUUGAUGAAGAAUCAAAUUCUUUAAUUUCAUUUCCACAUUCCAUCUUCAAAUAUCCGUUUGCAUAUUCGUAUCGUUCAUCUUGGAAUUUUAUUUAAAACUUGCAGUUUUUUUAUUAUUGUGGAAUUGAGAAGUCUAAAAUUCUGUAAUUCCGAUUAAAUUUAUAUAUUGAAAGUAUUUUUAUUAUUUCCCUAUCUGUCUGCACAUAUUACUGAAAUAAAUUGUUUUAAUUGGUUAUUAAUUAUUAAUAAAACUUCAAGUGAAAAGUGUUCUUCUGUUCUGUUGAAUCGAUUGACAUGUUCUUUAUUUCGACUUUCUGCAGGCGUAAGAGCCGGAAUCUGAUAUUAUGAAAAUUUAUAAAAAAUUGUUUCCUACGAAUUGAUGGCGUUGAAUUCGUACAAAAGGUCGACUUCGUUAGUGAAAUUUAAUUAUGUAUAUUUCAUUUUGAAAUACGAAAAAAAGUUCAAAAAUACAAAAAAAAGUAAUCCUAAGAGUAUUUUUAAGUUGAAAAAAAAAAAAAAAAAUGUCAUACGUUGAUUGUGGAGAAAGCAUCGGGGAUGUGAAGAGUGUUAUAAAAUGAAUGUAGUUAAUGUAUUUUAUGUUGAUAUUGUUUUUGUGUACCACUAAAUCGAAGUGUUUUUCUGUGUGAUUGUUUGUUCUUGAAAUGUUCAUGUAUUUCAUUGUAAGGCAUCGGUGUUCCUUUACAAAAGUUUGAAAUUUAUCCUUUUGUAAUUUUUUGUCUCCAGAGAAUAAUGUUCUUUCUUGAAAA